AUGGCUACUCUCGCAGCAAACGACCAGGAGAACGCCGUCCGUCAUCUGCACGCGGGUGCGGCGGGCAAGCCGCUCAAUGCCGGCCUCAAGGGCUUCAACGCCAAAACACCCGGCAACAAAGCCCCCAAGACGCCUUUCAAGAUCCCCCUCAACGACGAAAAUGCCGUGGGCAAAGCGGGCAAGUCGGUCCUGCAGACCAAGGGCAAGGGAAACGAGCUCUUCACCACCAACAAGGGCGGCAAGAUCGACCAGAAUGCCUUCGUGACGCCAGCCGGUCCGCGCACGCGCGCGCCGCUGGGCAUGAAGACGACCAACGCCAAAUCGAGGCCCUUUGGAACCCCAGCGCCCCUCUCUUCCGCAAAGACACAGAAACUCAGCCCUCGCCUGCGCCGCCCCAAAGUCAAGGUCCACCAGCCGGAAGUCGCGCAAGAGUCCGAAGAUGACGUGCCUGAGAUCGAAUACAUGCCCCCGAAGGAGGUCCCGUUCGAAGAUGACAUGGACGAAUACCUACCCAAGAACUGGACCAUGCCCAAGCUCAGUAACCAGGACAUGGUCCGCGGCAUUUGGCAGGCCUACCACAACCCAAUUGAGGACGAUGGAAGGACGCGUGAGCAGCGCAAGUUCGAGGAGGAGAUAGAGCAGGGUCGGAAAAAGCGUGAUGAGCAGAUGGACAAAAUACUCGCGGCGCAGAUGGCCAAGGACGAUGCGGAGACGAAAGAGUACUACGGUAUCAAGGAGCCCAAGAAGGAGGCCCCCAAGGCACCUGCUGCACUCAGGAAAGCGGCCACUGGACCAUCGACCAUGCGAGCCAGAUCUGCUGCCGCCGCUCUCUCUCCACCGUCCAAGCCUAGCUACGCUGCUCCCACUGCAGCUGUAAAGUCGCGCGUACCCACUGGCCUAGUCGCAGGCAGGAAGGGAGCAAAGACGCCCACGGAGCUCACAGCAUCCCGUCAAGCAUCCGCCGCAGCAGCCUCCAAGAGCACCAUCGGCUACGCCCAAGGCCGCGCCGGACGCGCAGCCCCAGCUGCACGCAAGCCUCUCUCCAACGUCACCAAGCCCGCUCCUUUCUCCGCUGGCCCCCGACCUGCCUCCUCGACGCACAUCCGCAGUGCCAGCACAAACACGGGUACCAUGCGAGGUCGCGGCCCCGUGUCUCGCUGCAGCUCAACUUCCACCAAUACCACACUUGUCACACCUCCAGAGGAAGAGCAGCCCCGCCGCACGGCUGAAGAUGUAGAGCGUGAAAUGGAGUUGUUACUUCUGUCACGCUCCGACGACGAGGACGACGACGCGUGGAUGAACAGCUUCAACACCCAGCUACACGGUGAAGAUCCCCUCGAGGAAGACCACGAGAAUUUCCAGCUUCAACUCCCUGAAGGCUUCUAG